CAAGCCGCAAAAUCCGAGCCUUUGAGAAAACUCUCGGAUGGAAAUAUGGAGGCGAUCUUGCCAGGGAUCAUCGCCGCAGUAAGCAGCGAGGUUUUUAUCCAUCCAAUGGACACGAUAAUCACCCGCAUGCAGUCCCAAAAUUACAUUUCAAUCUAUAAACAUGGCAAUGGCUCAUUGAGGCGGGCGCUGUUUCUGGGCCUUUACCAGGGAUUCGGCCCUACGCUGAUUGCCGGCAUACCUUCUUCCGCUGCCUUCUUCACGAUUUACGAAGCCUCCAAAACUGCAUUCGGAAAAGCACAUGAUGCUGGAUACCUUCAAGAAGUGCCUCAGCCACUAAUUUCCACUUCAAGCAGUGCAGCCGCCGAACUUGUCGCCUGUGCUAUCUCCAACCCAGCAGAGGUUUUGAAACAGAAUGCCCAAGUCGUUCAAAGCGCCAACAGACAGCCCCUUAGCCAGCCCCCCACGCUGAAAACACUGAAACUAUUUUCAAGGCAGCCAUCACAGCUAUGGGCAGGCUAUUCUGCACUGGUGGCGAGUCACUUGCCAGGCAUCUGUAUUACAUUCGGCUUGUAUGAGUCUCUAAAAACAAAUCUGGUGCAAUGGCGAAACUUGGACACGAAUAAUAUCGGACAGGAAGUCAAAGCCAGUGCAUUUUGUGCAAGCAUUGCUGGCGGCUGCUCGUCUUUGUUAUUUGUUCCCAUUGACGUGGUGAAAACCAGAAUGAGGCUUGCAACAUGUGAAGAGAAGCCAGCCAGCCGCCUCUCUGUCGAUAGCAUGAGCAUCAAGGUACCAGCAAUCGAGCUCUCCCGCUCCCGUCGGGCUUCUGCACUUUCUAUUGUUCACAAUAUACUCCGGAUAGAAGGAUUACCUGGCUUAUUUCGAGGCUCCGGGUUAACUGUUGUGGCAUCAGCUGUGGGCAGUGGACUUUAUCUUGGAUGUUAUGAGGGUAGCAAACGCUACCUUUGCAACAAUUCCAUUGAAUAA